AUCGUAAUACUCCGACAAUAUAAGGGACAUAUGUUGGACUCUUGGAUAUUCGACAAAAGCAACUACCGUGCAUCGCCAUACACAAACAUUACUCAGUCACGCAAAAACAAACAUGCCAGACCCGAAUUUCCACAUCACCACCCCGCGACUCUACCUCUCCUACGGCGAUCCCUCAAAUGAAGCCCAUAUCGAUUUCUCCCUGGAACUCAUAACCAGCGCACCCGCACUCCGUUCUCAAGGCCCCGCAGGAUCUAGCGCUGCAGACCGCGAAGCCGCGCGAAAGCGCAUCGCCGACACCAUGCUCAGCCUGAAAAACAAAGGUUUCGGCCGCUACUUCGUGUGGCUGCGUCCUGAAAACGACGACAACACGACAAGCCCAUUUUCCUCGCGCACCCUCGAACCCAUCGGAUCCGUAGGCUUGCAACUCGCGCGCCUCGACGGGGUUAAAGCGCCCAGCAUCCCGGACGUCGGCUUUAUCUUCCUAGAAAAGCACCAGGGGAAGGGGUAUGCAACCGAGGCUGUGCGUGCGCUGAUGAAGUAUUAUGAGGAGGAGAAGGGGAUUCAUGUGUUUUCGGGGUUUACCAAGGAGGACAAUGAGGGGGCGAGGGGCUUGUUUCGGAGGCUGGGGUUUAGGAAUCAUGGGGUGCGCAUGGUGAGUGGGAUUAUGUGGAAUGGGGAGGAUAUUGAGGCAGAUACGUGGACUUGGGGGGUGGAGGAGGGGCAUGGUUUGGAGGAGUUCGGGAUUUGA